CAUCCAGUCUGUCGUGGCCCCCGUUCGUGUCCUGCAGAGGAGAGGAGAGGAGAGGAGAGCUGGAGCAGGCAACAACAAAGCUUCCCUUCUCCUCCACUCUCCUUCUCCUCUUCUUGCGCAUCCCCUCGCCUUGCCUCGCCGCCAGCGCAACUCCAGCCCGGCCCGGGAUCUCUCUCAUCACAUCCCCCCCUCUCUCUCCGCUCCCCCGCCUCGGGGCCUGCCUCGGAUGCUCCCGGCCUCGCACCCGCUGCUCUACGCCUGCGUCUUCCGCGACACCCACCUCGUCGCCGAGCUCCCCCACUCCCACUCCCAGACCACCGCCGCCGACCCCGUUGCCGCCCCCGACGCCCCCGCCCCCGUCCCGGACGACGACCUCCCGGCGCUCGCCGCCGCGCUCGUCGCCGCCGCGCCGCCGCACCACCGCCACCUCACGCACACCGCCGCCGGGCGCGCGCACGCGCUGCUCCUGUCCCCGCCGCUCGCGCUCGCCGCCAUCUCGCGGGCGCCCCACCUCCCGGCGUCGCAGCUCCUGCUCUUCCUCCGCCGCCUGCGAUGCCUCCCCGAGGCCCGGAUGCGGGACGAGAUGCCGCGCCUCGCGCUGCGCCUGCCGCUCACGCCGGGCGACGACGCGCGCGAGGCGGACGAGGUCGCCGCCGCCGAGGAGGAGGCCGCGCGGAGGGACGCUGACCUCGCCGCGCGGACCACGCCCAAGAGGGACCGAGCCUCGCACCGCGGCCGGGCCGGACCUGGGUGGACGUGGAGACGCCAGCUCUGGAUGGUUAUCAUCGCGGAUCUCCUCCUCCUCACAAUCCUCUUCGCCGCCUGGCUCGCAGUCUGCCGGGGAUUCAGCUGCAUUGGUCGGUAAAUAGCUACACAACCUCCAAGGCUGCUGCUCAAUUUUUAAGCAAGAAAUCUGGAGUGCGGUUGUUUCUCAGACGAAAAAGUGGGCGAUACCAUAAUGCGGUUGCAAGGUGCCAAUAUUUGCAAGGAAAGGCGCUUUGGCCCCCUGCAUAUUGUUACGUCUUUAUUGUAUGAAUCGUAUUUAAAAGUGAAGGCAAACAGUCCUGGUAGACUACAUAAGUUUGAAUUUGAUGGUUUUGGUAUGGUGAGCUGUAAACCCUGUAGUGCAAUUUUUUUGUUCAUUUUUCUAUACGAAGCAAAUGUCGAAAUUUUGCCCCAUUUUGACCAUGGCAGACUCGGGUAUAUGUGAAUCUUAUUGUCAUGAUCUUUGGCAGACAUCUUGUUCUUUGUUUU